AUGUCGAAACCCUCCAACCGUGGCCCUGUGCUGCGCGGAAACUUGGAAGGCUCCCAACAAGAGUCAAGUGGUGGGAACGAUGUGGUGUGGCACAGCCGUGACAUGUGCGUGUCUUGUUUCUCCUUCGCUUUCCACUCGGACACACUGAGCUCCACAGACCUGUCCACAGACCUGUCCACAGACCUGUCCACAGACCGGUCCACAGACCGGUCCACAGACCUGUCCACAGACCGGUCCACAGUCCUGUCCACAGACCUGUCCACAGACCGGUCCACAGACCUGUCCACAGACCUGUCCACAGACAUGUCCACAGACCUGUCAACAGACCUGUCCACAGACCGGUCCACAGACCUGUCCACAGACCUGUCCACAGACCGGUCCACAGACCGGGUCCGGGCUGAUAGGAGGAUGUCAAAGCCUCCACACCCACACAACAGUGGAACAUCCAAAACCACUAAUAACCGCUAA